AUGGCUAUCAAAACUGUUAUAUGCAUCGGGAUGGCUGGGUCCGGAAAGACCACUUUCAUGCAGCGUUUGAACUCCCAUUUGCAUGCUAACAAAUCAGCACCAUAUGUUGUGCAAUUGGAUCCUGCGGUUUUGAACGUGCCUUAUGGUGUCAAUAUUGAUAUCAGGGACUCUGUGAAGUACAAGAAGGUUAUGGAAAACUAUAAAUUAGGUCCUAAUGGUGCUAUCGUAACGAGUUUGAACCUCUUCAGUACGAAAAUUGAUCAGGUCAUAAAACUUGUGGAAAAUAAAAGAGAGGCCCACGAUUACUGUAUAGUGGACACACCCGGUCAGAUUGAAUGCUUUGUAUGGAGUGCGUCGGGGUCGAUUAUCACCGAAUCGUUUGCAUCUAGUUUUCCUACGGUAAUAGCAUAUAUCGUCGAUACGCCGAGAAAUUCCUCGCCCACAACUUUCAUGAGCAAUAUGUUGUAUGCAUGCUCUAUCCUCUACAAGACCAAGCUGCCCAUGAUUGUCGUUUUCAACAAGACAGAUGUUUGCAAGGCAGAUUUCGCCCGCGAGUGGAUGACAGAUUUCGAAGCUUUCCAAGAAGCUCUUAGGUCCGACCAGGACCUUAAUGGCGAGUCAGGAUUGGGGUCAGGCUAUAUGGGCUCGUUGGUGAACUCCAUGUCUUUAAUGCUAGAGGAAUUCUACUCGCAACUAGACAUAGUCGGCGUCUCUAGUUUCACAGGUGAUGGUUUUGAUGAAUUUUUGACGUCUGUUGACAAAAAAGUGGACGAAUAUGAGACCUACUAUAAAGCUGAAAGGGAAGCAAUACUUAAGCGCAAAGAGGAAGAAGAAGCUGCAAAGAAGCAGGCCUCGUUAACGCACUUGAUGAAGGACUUAGGCCUCAAGGAAAAACAAAAUUCGUCAAAACAGAAGGAUCAAGAUGACGAGGCGGACGUGAUCAGCGACCUAGAAGACGCAGGCGAAAAUGACGGGAUCGUCUUGAGAGACGAAGAUGAGGGUAUUGAAAGAGAGUACACUUUUGCUGGUGAUAACAGAACCAGCGGGGAAGUAAAUGGGAAUACCGCUCCUGAUCUGCAAAAACGGUAUGAAGAAGCCCUCGAGCAAGUCGCUAAAACGGCGAGCAGCGAGACCGCUGAAAACAUAGCGCGUUACAUCAGGCAAUGA